UCCCCGCGACUCCGUGACUGCGGCGGCGUUGUUGUGGAGUGACGUCACGGCGGUGAGCCGCGCGGCGCAAGGCGGCCAUGACUGCGGGCUCCGUGAUUAUUUAAUCCGUAUUAAAGCGUGGCCGAGCGCGUCCAUGGCAAGAGCCACCAGUCACAUGUAUGAUGUCGUACCCCUCCACUCCUCUGGUCUCUGUCCGUGCCAGUCCAUGGUAAGAGGUCAGCAGGAAGCACCCCAUCGCCACGGCAGCAGCAUGGAGGGCCAGGCCCCGCCCCCUCAGCCGACUCCGCCCCGCAAGAAGAGACCCGAGGAUUUCAAAUUCGGCAAAAUCCUGGGCGAGGGCUCCUUCUCCACGGUCGUCCUGGCGAAAGAGCACUCAACGGGGAAGGAAUACGCAAUAAAGAUCCUGGAGAAGCGCCACAUCAUGAAGGAGAACAAGGCGCAGUACGUGAAGCGAGAGAGGGAUGUGAUGUCCAUCCUGGAUCACCCGUUCUUCGUCAAGCUGUACUUCACUUUCCAGGACGAGGAGAAGCUGUAUUUCGGGCUGAGCUACGCGAAGAACGGCGAGCUCCUGAAGUACAUCCGCAAGAUCGGCUCCUUCGAUGAGACGUGCACGCGCUUCUACUCGGCCGAGAUCGUCUGCGCGCUCGAGUACCUCCACCGGAAGGGCAUCAUCCACAGAGAUCUGAAGCCGGAGAACAUUUUGCUCAGUGAAGACAUGCACAUUCAGAUCACAGACUUCGGCACGGCCAAACAGCUUUCUUCUGAAAGUAGGCAGGCUCGGGCGAACUCGUUUGUCGGUACGGCUCAGUACGUCUCCCCGGAGUUACUGACAGAGAAAUCGGCCUGUAAGAGCUCGGAUCUCUGGGCGUUAGGCUGCAUCAUCUACCAGCUGGUUGCCGGGUUACCACCGUUCAGAGCGGGAAACGAGUAUCUCAUAUUCCAGAAGAUUAUUAAAUUAGAGUACGAGUUUCCUGAGAAGUUCUUCCCCAAAGCCAAGAAUUUAGUGGAGCAACUUCUGUUGUUGGAUCCUUGCAAGCGGAUUGGCUGUGAGGAAAUGGGCGGGUACGAGCCGCUGAAAUCCCACCCUUUCUUCGAGUCGAUUGGCUGGGACGACUUACACCUGCAGACUCCGCCCAAACUCACCCCCUACCUGCCUGCCAUGUCCGAGGAUGAUGAGGACUGCUAUGGGAAUUAUGACGAUCUCCUAAGUCAGUUCAGCAGUAUGCAGGUGACGCAGCCCGGCCCCUCGCCCUCAUUGGCCGAGCCGUCAGAAAGUCCACUUCCUGUGUGUAACCCCGCCCCCAGCGUGGAUCAGUUCAUCCACGUCCACGAGCUGGACAGCAACAGCAUGGAGCUGGACCUGCAGUUCAGCGAAGAGGAGAAGCGCCUCCUGCUGGACAAACAAAGUGCCGCAAACCCCUGGCACCAGUUUGUGGAGAACAACCUCAUCCUGAAGAUGGGUCCAGUGGACAAGCGCAAGGGUCUGUUUGCACGCCGCAGGCAGCUGCUCCUGACCGAAGGUCCUCACCUGUAUUACGUAGAUCCGGUGAAUAAGGUCCUGAAAGGGGAGAUUCCCUGGUCACCAGAGCUGCGGCCCGAAGCCAAGAACUUCAAAACCUUCUUCGUUCACACGCCAAACCGGACCUACUACCUGAUGGACCCGAGCGGCAACGCUGACAAAUGGUGCAAGAAGAUACAAGAAGUGUGGAGGAAGAUCUACCACAAACACCAGAACCCCAGCGUAUAGGAUCCACCAAUCACCCCCAUAUGGCCACACCCCUUUCCCUCCCCCUCCCCUCCUCCAUCACCCUUUCAACCAAUCACAGAACAGGACACACCUCCACUGUUCGGCUCUCUGUCCGGUGGGGGGGUCUGUCCGAUUGGUCUGCGUAUAGAGUUAAGGCGGGUCCUUUGCCCUGAUUGGCCGCAGUAGCUGGUCUAGCUGAUCUGAUUGGAGGAUUUGGUGUGUGUGUGUGUCUUUUUGUUUUUUGUUUUCUCCCCAAGAAAAAGACCAUUGCAAUCAUCACCUCAAUGUAGAAUUCUGGGUAAUGGAGUUCUCCUGAGGGUAUAUUCAUCAUCAUCAUCAUCAUCAUCACCACCUUCUUCAUCUGCAUCCUCAUCCUCCUUCAUCUCCAUCAGCCAACCACACGACUGAUUUUCUGUUUUGUGUUUCCUUUCGAAUCCUUCGCAAUGGGACUGUGUGUGUUUCUGAGUGGAGACAUGAGCAGGGGUGUGUGUGUGUGUGUGUGUGUGUGUGUGUGUGUGUGUGUGUCUUCUUCCUGGUUGGUAACUGAUGACUGUGAUGUAUAGUUGAUGUAAUAUUGACCUUGGAGGCGAGCGCAGCGCAGCGAGGCGACUCUUGGAUCCGGGUUUUUGUAUUUUUAUUCUUGUAUAAGGUUAUCAGGGGGCCACCGGCUCCUUUCGGGGGGGGCCCCAGGCUCCGUUCGGGGGGGCCCCAGGCUCCGUUCGGGGGCCCCAGGCUCCUGUGUGUUAUUUAAAUUCUAAUAUAUGAGAAUCAUAUUUGGAUCGAAGUCACGUUCGAGGGCCUUUGCUGUGUUUUUUUUUUCUUCUUCUUUUCUUUAUUUCGAAAUGUAAAGCCUUUUGAAUGUGAAGAAUUAUUGUAAACUAUGAUAUUUUACAGCUUUUUCUUUCUUUUUUCGGUUCAGUUCUUUUUCCCCGUUCGUUCGUUCGUUCAUUUUUUUUUUCCUUCUUUACUAUAUCAUAAACAUUUUCUAUUUGCUCAGUGAUCGACUCAUAUUCUGAUAAUUUAAAGCCUUUGCCAUUCACAGGCUCGGUCCACACGUGAGCGAGUGUACGUGUAACGUGUACGUGUGUGUGUGUGAGAGCGUGUGAACUCAUGUGGGCGGAGCGUGCGUUUGCGUUCGGCGCUGUGUGUAUUCUUCCUCGUCCAGCUCUCGAGCUCGACACCACCUAGAACUGAAAUAAAGCAUGUAGGGGUUUAGGCCGACAGAGA